AUGCAGCCCCCCACCAGACAAGCCCCACCACACCCAGACCCCCAACCCCCACACCACCACCCCCCCCCACCAUCACCCCCACCCACCCACAAGCCCCCAGACCCCCCCAGACCUACACCCCUUAGACACCACCCCACAGACAUGCCCCCAGUACUACUACCCCCUCCACCAACACCAACCCACACACAACAACACCCCCAGCCCACACAUCAGACAUGGACCCCUACCCAAGACCCCCCUCCAGCAGACCAAGAACACCCCAGCACCGACCCAGGGGGGGGGGGGGGGGGGAAAACCCACUCCCAGACAACCCCCCACCCCCCCAGCAAGACUUCACCCAUAGACCCCCACCCUACCAGGACACCCCCCUACAGCACCAUCCCACCCACCCCCGCGCCCCCAGACCCCAACCCCCCCAGACCCACCCACGACCACCACCCCAACCCAAACACAGACACCAGAGACAUGACACCCAGAACCCCCACAGCAGGCCACGCAAGCACCAGCAACAAAGAGCAUGCACCCCCCAGUACCCCCCCCAGACCCCCCCCCCACCAGCAACCACCCACACACCCAGACACACCACCCCAACACACCCAGGUAUACACCCCCAAACCAAGAGACCCAGCCCCCAUCCCUCCCACUACCACCCAACAAAACCACAAAGACAACAAGGCACACACCCGCCCACCCACACCCCAUACAGACAGAACUAAGGACAAGAAUCCCCCAAAGCAGCUCACCCCUAAAGCACAGGACCCAAGCCAUCUCACCAAGGAUCCCCCCCCCCCUAGCUACCCACUCAUCCUCCUAGACUCCCCAGGCAACCACUCCCACAGCCUCACACACCGAGCAGCCACCCAUACCACCCCCAGGCAGGGACCCACCCACCACAGACCUAACCCCCCCACAGCCACACCAACAACAACCCACACCAGAUCAGACCCCAAAGCAAGCCCACCCCCCCCAGGCCACUCCCAAGACCCCACACAACACUCCUCCACAGCAACGGACAACCCCCCCCAACUCCCACCAAACAACCCAAACCCACACUACCCCCUAUUCCACCAAGACAGCAGCCCCUCAGAAAGCCAGCCACCCACACACCCACAGACACCCACUCCACCAACACCUCCGAACCCCAGCCACCCCACACCACGCACCACCAACCCCCCCUUCCCCCCCCACCAAGACCCCCCCACACCCACAACAGACACCCUAGGCCACACAACCCAUGACAACACCAGACACCACACAAGACCCCCAAGAGACCCCCACUCCCAGACCCACCAGGCCCAGCCCCUGGCAGUGAGCAGGAAGACAGCCCACCAGACCACCACCCCCAGCCCACCGCCCAGGCCAGACCCCCCCAGCCCAACCCACAACCUACCACCCACACCCAACAACAGGCACCCUACCUCACCACCCAAGACAACCCCAACCAGUAACCCCAACCAACCAGCACAACCCUCAGAUACCCCACCAACCAAGACCCCAGCAACCCCCCCCACAGCAGGCCAGACCAGCAAACACAGGACACACAGACCAGGGCAUACCAGACGAAAGACCUCACCCACACCAGACACAGCCCACUAUAGCCCAACCCCCAACCACACCCAGCUCAAGCCCCCAGGCCCUACACCCAACUCCACCACUCCCCCUAGAACCAUCCCCACUCCACCGCCACCCCAGCCCCCCCUAACCACCACAAGACCACCACAGCACUACUCCAGCACACACUUCCCACAUCAGUGCCCACAACAAACCCCACAAUCACCCAGAACCCCUCCAGACUCCCACAGACCCCACCAACCAACAAAAAAGACACCAGGGGAAGACACCCACCAACAGCUCACACCUCACCCCAGCCACCAGGCACACCAGAACACGCAGACCACUCCCCCAGACCACCAGACCCCCCACCCCCCCACCCCCCCCAGACCCCAGAAAGCCCAGGGCCCCACAGCCCCCUAA